AGUGACCAAAGUAACUGAAAGUAACCUCAGAGUCAAAACCGGGUACGUUUUUGUUGGAUUCGUUCGUAUGAUUUCUCAAGAAAUUGUAUUACGAAACAUUUUGACGUUUCGUAAAUGUCUUCCCACGGGAAAAAGAACAAAAAAAAGGUAUUAUCGAGACGACCACGGCACGUUGUCGGAAAAGAAGAAAGGUAUCGGCAAGAAAGAGAUAAAUCUGACAAGGAAGAUGAAGGUACAGGGAUAGAAGAAGAAAAGGUCAAUCCUCUUUCUUUUCCAAUUGCAAUGUGGGAUCUUGAGCAAUGUGAUCCUAAAAAAUGUUCUGGUAGAAAACUAGUCAGACAUGGCUUAGUGAAAAUACUCAGGUUAGGAGCUCGAUUUUCAGGGUUGGUUCUUACUCCGGUUGGUCAAAAGUGCGUAAGUCCAACAGAUCGUGAUAUCAUUCAGGAUUAUGGCUGUGCAGUUGUCGACUGUAGUUGGGCACGUUUGGACGAUACUCCAUUCAAUAGAAUGAGGACUUCUAAUCCUCGUCUCUUACCAUUUCUGGUCGCUGCAAAUCCAAUAAAUUAUGGCAGACCGUGUCAAUUAAGUUGCGUAGAAGCCAUAGCUGCUACUUUAAUUAUAACAGGUUUCAUCGAAGAAGCCAAAUUUUAUCUCGGAAAGUUUUCUUGGGGUCAUUCGUUUUUGGAACUGAACGAAGAGUUGUUGAAUAAAUAUUCUCUUUGUACAAACGCGGAAGAAAUUAUAGCGGCACAAGAGAAAUUUUUGAUAGAAGCGAGACAAGAAAAGAUAAACAGAAAUGCCAUUUCAGACUUUCCAUCGACCGAUUCGGAAACCGAGGAAGAAGAAAAGGAAUCAGUCCGUGCAAAUAUUGUUUCUCGUAUAGAUAAACAAAUGAACGAUAUGAAUAUAAUGUAAAAAUUAUUUGUGUACAUUUGUAUAUAUGUAAUAGAUUGUAUCUUUGUACGACCGGAUCUUAUCGUAACUAUUAUGACAAAUCUUUGUAUCGCUUUAAUUUUACGCGUAACGAAUAAAAAGAAAAAUGCAUAAA